GAUGGCGGCGGGGUCGGGUGGGAAUGGGGGUUCUGGGGGAGGCCCCGGGCCGGGGCCGGGCGGGGGUGGGGGCCCCGGAGGUAGUGGCCCAGGACCGGGGUCCACUGGGGGUCUUGGCUGCGGCGGGGAGCUGCACCCACGCACCGGGCGCUUGGUGAGCCUGUCGGCCUGUGGGCGUACAGCGCGGCGGCAGCAGCCAGGCCAGGAGUUUAACCACGGCUUGGUUUUGAGUCGGGAGCCCUUGCGCGAUGGACGCGUCUUUACGGUCUGCAUCGACCGCAAGGUCAACUCCUGGAGUGGCUCCAUUGAGAUCGGGGUGACAGCACUGGACCCCAGUGUCCUGGACUUCCCAAGCAGUGCUACGGGACUGAAGGGGGGCUCAUGGGUAGUGUCGGGCUGCUCAGUGCUGAGGGAUGGACGCUCUGUGCUGGAGGAGUAUGGUCAGGACCUGGACCAGCUUGGUGAAGGGGACCGUGUGGGUGUGGAGCGCACAGUGGCUGGGGAGUUGCGGCUCUGGGUGAAUGGGCGGGAUUGCGGUGUGGCUGCCACAGGCCUACCUGCUCGAGUCUGGGCUGUUGUGGACCUUUAUGGCAAGUGCACCCAGAUAACUGUGUUACCCUCUGAGCCAGGCUUCAGCCCCCUUACUCCCAUCCCCACGCCUCCCCUUGAGCCCUCUGCACCCCCUGAAGAUUCUGCCUUGGCUGAGCAGGGGACCUCUGGGGAUGAAGCCUUCAUGGUGUCCCCAGCGCAGGUCCGGCCAGAGACGUUCCCUAACAGCCUUGAGUCGCAUCAUGACUUUGCCAGCAUGGAGCUUUCUGAUGUGGUGAGCAACGCCAUCCUGUCUGCCUAUAACGGGGGGCUCCUGAAUGUGAACCUGAGCUCCCCACCGGCAGGGGAAGGACCAGGGUCUAGCUGUGCUGCCACCUCACCCAUCCUAACCUCCAAUGACGCCCUGCUAUUUCAUGAGAAGUGUGGAACACUCAUAAAACUUAGCAACAACAAUAAGACGGCUGAGCGCCGCCGGCCCCUAGAUGAAUUCAACAAUGGUGUUGUCAUGACCAACCGCCCCCUUCGGGACAAUGAGAUGUUUGAGAUCCGCAUUGACAAGCUUGUUGACAAAUGGUCAGGCUCCAUUGAGAUUGGUGUCACCACCCACAAUCCCAACAGCUUGGACUACCCUGCUACCAUGACCAACCUUCAGUCAGGUACCAUCAUGAUGAGCGGCUGUGGGAUCCUGACCAAUGGCAAGGGUACCCGCCGGGAGUACUGUGAAUUUAGCCUGGAUGAGCUGCAGGAGGGUGAUCACAUUGGUCUCACAAGGAAGUCUAACUCAGCCCUGCACUUCUUCAUUAAUGGCAUUGAUCAGGGUGUGGCUACCCCUUUGACACCCCCAGUGGUUUAUGGUGUGGUGGAUUUAUAUGGGAUGGCAGUGAAGGUGACCAUAGUCCACAAUAACAAUCAUAGCGAUCGUCUGCGCCGGAACAAUGCCAUCCUGCGGGCGCUGUCCCCAGAGGGUGCCCUCCGCCGUGCUCCUCCUGCUGCCCAGGCAGAACCCGAGCGCCUGCUCUUCCACCCCAACUGUGGGCAGAAGGCAGCCAUCACCCACGAGGGACGCACUGCCCUGAGGCCCCAUGCCACUGACGACUUCAAUCAUGGCGUGGUGCUGAGUAGCAGGGCCCUGCGGGAUGGAGAGGUGUUUCAGGUGCGCAUCGACAAGAUGGUGGACAAAUGGGCUGGUUCCAUUGAAAUUGGUGUCACCACCCACAACCCUGCCUACCUCCAGUUGCCUUCCACCAUGACCAACCUGCGCUCUGGGACCUGGAUGAUGACUGGGAACGGAGUGAUGCACAAUGGAACAACCAUCCUGGAUGAAUACGGGCACAACCUGGACCGCCUCAAGGCAGGGGACACGGUGGGCGUGGUGCGGCGGGAGGAUGGGACUCUUCACUUCUUUGUCAAUGGGAUGACCCAGGGGCCUGCUGCCUGGAAUGUACCCCCGGGAGUCUAUGCUGUCGUCGAUCUCUAUGGCCAGGCGGCCCAGGCCACCAUUGUGGACGACGUGGAGGUGCCUGCAGUCCCUGAGCCACUCCCCGAGGGGAACAACCAGGUGUCUCCUGGUUCCCCAUCAUCAGGUAUCGGGGGCUCUGACCUGCGUUUUCACCAGCUGCAUGGCAGUAAUGCUGUCAUCACGAAUGGGGGCCGCACUGCACUUCGCCACAACUGUCGCAGCGAGUUCAAUGACGCCAUCGUCAUUUCCAACCGGGCCCUGCGGGAUGGCGAGCUAUUUGAAAUUGUCAUUCAGAAGAUGGUGGACCGCUGGUCAGGCUCCAUUGAGGCUGGAGUGACUGCUAUUCGACCUGAAGACCUUGAGUUCCCCAACACUAUGACAGACAUCGACUAUGAUACAUGGAUGCUGAGUGGCACAGCCAUCAUGCAAGACGGCAACACAAUGCGUAACAACUACGGCUGCGACCUGGACGCGCUGGGCACAGGUGCUCGCAUUGGGAUGAUGCGGACUGCCAAGGGUGAUCUGCACUAUUUCAUCAAUGGUCAGGACCAGGGCGCUGCCUGCUCAGGCUUGCCUCCGGGUAAAGAAGUAUACGCAGUCGUGGAUCUGUAUGGUCAGUGUGUCCAAGUGUCUAUCACCAGUGCCACUGGCCCGAUGGACAACAGCCUGACGACAAGCAACACAGCCACUGAGAAGUCGUUCCCCCUGCACUCCCCAGUAGCUGGCGUGGCCCACCGCUUCCACAGUACUUGUGGCAAGAAUGUCACCCUUGAAGAGGAUGGCACAAGGGCAGUGCGUGUGGCAGGCUAUGCUCAUGGUCUCGUCUUCAGCAUUAAGGAGCUCAAGGCUGAAGAAGUCUUUGAGGUCAAAGUGGAAGAGCUCGAUGAGAAGUGGGCAGGUUCACUCCGGCUGGGACUGACCACACUACCUCCAGGGGAGAUGGGGCCUGGGGGCGGAGGUGGCCCAGGACUACCGCCCUCCCUGCCAGAACUCCGGACUAGGACCACCUGGAUGGUGUCCAGCUGUGAAGUGAGGCGUGAUGGGCAGCUUCAGAAGAUGAACUAUGGCCGGAACCUCGAGAGGCUGGGGGUGGGGAGCCAUGUGGGCAUCCGUCGGGGGGCAGAUGACACAAUGCACAUCCUGGUAGAUGGAGAGGACAUGGGUCCUGCAGCCACUGGCAUUGCCAAGAAUGUGUGGGCUGUGUUGGAUCUGUAUGGGCCAGUACGGAGUGUAUCUAUUGUCAGCUCCACAAGACUGGAGGAGCCAGAAGGCACCCAGCCUCCUUCCCCCAGCUCAGACACCGGCAGUGAGGGCGAGGAGGACGACGAGGGCGAGGAACAUGGUCUAGGAGACCAGAAUCAAGUGGCCAUUAUGCCCCCAGCCCUUGAGUUCCUGGAGAACCAUGGGAAGAACAUCCUCUUGUCUAAUGGGAACCGUACAGCCACACGGAUGGCCAGCUACAAUCAGGGCAUCGUGGUCAUCAACCAGCCCCUGGUGCCCCAGCUACUGGUCCAGGUGCGAAUAGACUUCCUGAGCCGACGUUGGACAUCUUCUCUUAUCUUGGGGGUCAUCACCUGCCCACCAGAAAGGCUUAACUUCCCUGCUUCCGCCUCUGCCCUCAAACGUGCAGCCUGGCUGCUGCGGGGCCGUGGAGUGUUCCACAAUGGUCUCAAGAUCUGUGAGAAAUUUGGGCCAAACCUAGACACGUGUCCUGAAGGCACCAUCCUUGGACUGCGGCUGGAUAGCUCUGGAGGGCUGCACCUCCAUGUCAAUGGGGUAGACCAGGGGGUGGCUAUGCCAGAUGUCCCCCAGCCCUGCCAUGCGCUUGUCGACCUCUAUGGACAAUGUGUGCAGGUGACAAUCGUGAGCCCUGAACCAGGGGCUGCCUGUGACAAGAGUGCUGCCACCCAAGGGGACAUGGAGAAAGCUGACAUGGUGGAUGGUAUCAAGGAGAGUGUCUGCUGGGGGCCACCGCCAGCUGCAAGCCCUCUGAAGAGCUGCGAGUACCAUGCCCUCUGCUCCCGUUUCCAAGAGUUGUUGCUGCUUCCUGAGGACUUCUUCAUGCCUCCACCCAAGCGUAGCCUGUGCUACUGUGAGUCUUGCCGGAAGCUUCGAGGGGAUGAGCCUCAUAGGCGCCGAGGAGAGCCCCCCCGGGAAUAUGCCCUGCCUUUUGGCUGGUGCAGAUUCAACCUCAGGGUGAACCCUCACCUGGAGGCUGGGACACUAACCAAGAAGUGGCAUAUGGCUUAUCAUGGAAGCAAUGUGGCAGCUAUACGCAGGGUGUUGGAUCGAGGGGAGCUGGGAGCAGGCACUACCUCCAUCCUGAGCUGCCGGCCCUUGAAGGGUGAACCUGGAGUGGGGUUUGAGGAGCCUGGGGAGAACUGCGCACCGCCUCGGGAGGAGCAACCCCCUCCAGUACUGCUUUCCCCCUCCCUUCAAUAUGCUGGGGCUGAGAUCCUGGCAUCCAAAGUGCAAUUCUGGGACCCCAAAUCCCAGCGGACGCACCAGGCCCAGGUGGCAUUCCAGGUGUGUGUGCGCCCAGGCUCCUACACCCCUGGGCCCCCCUCUGCUUCCCUCCGAGAGCCUCCGGACCCUCAUUUCAGCCCAGCUGAACUGGAGUGGGUAACCAAGGAAAAGGGAGCCACACUUCUCUAUGCCCUGCUGGUACGGGUGGAAUGAGGGGUCAGACCCCACUACUACAAGCACAGCUGGGCCCUGGGCCCAUGGACUCUUGAGUGAUGACUGCCUCCACCUUAUUCCAAUGACCCACGGCAUGCACGGUGCUCAAUCUUGGCAGAUGUGCAGCAUCAUGUAGGCAAGUUCGGAUUUAGAUGGGAAGUGGAGCACAUCUCCAUGCCCAAGGGCCCAGAACUUCCCUCUGAUGUGAGGGGACUUAUGGGGAGCCCAGUCCAGGCCCUGAGGGCCCCUCUUAAUGCACUGAUUUGGGGAACAAGACUCCUAUCAUUUCCCUUCCCAUAUCACUUAACUUAUUUCCGUUGUUUUUGUUUUUUUCUGGUUACUGUGAAUCCCAGAGGAGUCUCUCCCUGUGCCCCAUAUGAAGCUGCUUUUUCCGGGGGUCAUCGGGCGGGAGUGGGAAAGGGAGGGCUUGGGAACAUAGGGGCCCUCUGUACAGUUGUUACAGACUUGAUUUCUAAGGAGCCAAUAAACACCGUCUCAGAG